UUUCUGUCCCCAGCCAUAGGCCGUGGAGACAUGAACAAGGUCUUUCCCCAGGGAGAUAAUGGCAACAGGGCUGCUGGAACCAAAGUCCUCUCCGGAGGGGCAGGACCCCAGGUUUGUAUAACACUGAUGAACAGGACAGGCUUCUUGUGCCACGACCAGAGCCACUGCAUCCCGGCCAGCAGGGUCUGCGACGGCAUCCGCACUUGUGCCCACGGCGAGGACGAGGAUGAGGGCUUGUGCCGAGAUGUGCCCCGGAGCCUGCCCAGCUUCCUGGUGGCCCACUGCGGAGACCCAGCCUCCUGGAUCUACUUGGACCAAAAAUGUGAUGGAACCAACAACUGUGGGGACUGCUCAGAUGAACUGAGCCCAGUGACUGAGUGCCCGCCCUGUGGCCCUGGGUGGUGGCGCUGCCCUUCCACUGUCUUCAAGUACUGUGACUGUAUCCCGAGGAAUCUCUGCCGGGACCGUGUGCAGCACUGCUCUGACUGGUCUGAUGAGUACUCCUGUCCUGGACCCUGAGUGCGCCACCCAGGCCAGCAUGGAAGGCUGAUGCCCUUCACACGAACAUCAUAUCCUAG